UUGACAGCUGCGCAGAGUCCUGUAAGUCAACCAUAGCCGAUUACCUUCACAAGGCCGUGCAGCGUGUUCCUCGCUGGGUGUGGCCAUCUUGGAGAAUGGCAGUGGCCAUUUUGAAAGGGUGUGCCAUCAAAAGGGGACUCAUGGAGGCAGAGAUUCACCACCUGAUAGAAAUAAGGGCCAUAGAACCAGUUCCCCUGGUUCAGGAGAGAAGGGCUUCUACUCCAUCCUCUUUCUGGUUCCAAAGAGCUCAGGAGGGUAGAGGGCCAUCUUGGACUUGAAGAGGCUCAACUUUCAUCUUACCUACAAAAAGUUCAAGAUGCAGUCCCUCCAGUCAAUCCUGGGCAGCCUGUGUCCAGGGGAUCUGAUGACUUCCAUUGAUUUGAAGGAGGCCUGCCUCCACGUUCCGAUAAGACUGGCCCACAGAAGGUUUCUACGGUUUUAUUAUGCCAGCCAGCAUUAUCAAUAUUGGGCCCUUUCCUUCUGCCUUUAACCGCCGAGGGUCUUCAUAAAGGUCCUGGCAGCGGUGGCAGCGGAGCUCCGAAAGCUCCCCAUUCAUCUACAAUGCUAUCUGGAUGACAUUUUGAUCCAGUCGUCAUCUGAGGUGCAAGCACUGCGGGACCUGCAAAUCACCAUGGACUCCCUGCUGUACCACGGUUUUUCCAUCAACCGUGAAAAAAGUCAUCUGUCACCUUCCACGAGAGAGUUACAUCUGGGGGCGGUGAUCGACACAUCAUCUUGCCUCGUGUCCCUGUCUCCAGAUCGGAUUUGCAGCCUCCAAGAACUGGUACAGCAGGUUCAAUGAUCUCUCACCGUGCCUGUGGUCCUAUUGUCACAAUUGCUGGGCAAAAUGAUGUCAUGUCUAGCAAUCGUUCCCUGGGCGAGGCUGCACACAAGAGAGUUGCAAUGGUUUCUCCUUCCAUCACAGAGGGCCAACGCUAGCAACUCCAGGGCCCAGGUCUGCCCAUCGCCAAAGGUAUUACACUCUCUCAGGUGGUGGUGGACACCGGCGUUGACAAAGGGAUCGUUGUUCCGAGAACCCGAGCACAUGAUCCCCAUGUCAGAUGCCAGCCUCUUCGGGUGGGGAGCUCACCUCUCCAACAAGGUAGUGCAAGGCAGGUGGUCCGCCAAUGAACUGGCCCACAACAUCUACUGGCUGGAGUUGAGACCGGUCUGCCUUGCUCUAUGCAAGUUCCAGUCAGACCUGCAGGGGCACCAUGUGUUUGUCCGGAUGGACAAUGGCGGUGAAAGCGCACAUCAAUCGCCAAGAUGGCACCAGAGCCUGCGCACUGAUGACGGAGGUGGAUGCGCUCGGAUGCUGGACAGAGCGUCAUGUAAGUUCCAUAAGAGCGGAACACAUAUUGGAGUUAAACAACGUUUGGUCGGAUUGGUUAAGCAGAGCCACUCUGGAUCAGUCGGACUGUGGCCUCCACCCAAACCUAUUUCGCCAGCUGUGUCUCAGAUUCGGCACCCCGCUAGUCAACCUAUUCGCCACCCCGGAGACCGCCCAGCUUCCCUGCUUUCUCACCAGGUACAGCUCGCCCCAGGCGGAAGGAGUGGAUGCACUCAGGUAUCAUCUUCCACCAUUGGCCGUUGGCUCAAAACUUGCAUUUCCCUGGUCUACGAGCACCAGGGUAGGUCAGCACGUCCCAGACUGACAGCACACUCAACCCAAAGCACAGCAACUACCGUGGCCUGGGCUACCCAGGCCUCGAUUGAGGAGAUCUGCAAAGCCGUGACCUGGGCGAUGCCAUCCUUAUUUGUCAGGCACUACAAGCUGGACAAAUAAGCCUCUGCAGACUCUGUCUUCGCAUGGCGCGUUUUGCAGAGCGUGGUUUCUGCCGAAUCUUAACGUGGAUUGUGGACCUCAUUGGAGACACCUGCCCUAGUGACAUAUUGUUUGGGCAUGUCCCUUGCUUGGACACUCCUGCAGUGCACCAAGAACGACCCUUCAGGUAAGCCAAUGGUCAUUCUAUUAUUGUUUCUUUUAUUACACUGUUUGUAUAGUCCCAGUCAAACUUUGACACUAAUCUUUGGCUGAGCUUUAUAUUUAAAUCUUCAAACAUUUAGAGGUUUGUGCUGUAAAUGAAAAAGUAAAAUGUUUCAAUUGGUAUAUUGAUUCAUGGAAAUGUGAUGAUAUUCAAAACCAAAGUGAUUAUUCUGAUUUUGGGAGAGUUUAUAUCUUAAAUAAGGUAGUGUAUUAAAAAAAACUAACAGACAAGCUGAAGGGAUCAAUUCUGACAGCAGAACUUAGGAAUGUAUCUGCAGUACAAGGUAAAAUAGAGUCUCUGGUGUUAAAUAAAUCACUAACAUCUUGGUUAUUCAGAACAAAGACAGGAUGUGCAAUAUCUGACUGGUACUAAGAAAGUACAUUUGCUUUUGGAAAAGCAUCUCUGAGACAGUCAUGAUCUGGAUGAUUGAGAAUCUCCAUAGAUAAACUCAGAUUUGAAGUUUUAGGAGUUCCCUCCACCAUGCAGGGAUGUAACUACACUUCAGGCACUCAGUAACUAGGCCACAUUUACUGUUGUCUGCAGUGUCCCAUCGUCAUGUGAAUAGGCUUUACAACAGUUUUGCUGAAAAGCAGCAUUUACUUCUGUAAUAGCAAAUCAUUGGUUUGUUUAACAACAGCACAUUCAUUUCAUAACCACAGUGAUUCACUUUUCAACUGCCGUAAAAAAAAUGAUAAAAUUGAGCUGAUAAUGUAACUGACCAUUUUCUGGCCAUCACAAAUUAUAACUGGGACUACUUGUACUUGUGUCCAUUUCAGCUUACUUUACUACAAAUUGGGAUUCUUUGGAAAAAUGCUAAGAAUCACCAAUAGUUUGGCUGUUUUUCUAUGUCCUUUGAAUUUAACUAUAUUUUAUAAAUGUCUAUCUAGUGUGAUAUACUGUUCAAGUUGGUUCACAAUGGUUCACUAGUUAACUGAUAUUAGUAUUAAAAUUGAUACAAGAUUACAAUUAGUAUCAUUACUAAUUGUUUCAGGGUUUUCCCCCUGUAUUUAAAACGUUGUAUUUGUGCUUUAUUUUUCUGACACCACAAAUAACAUGGAAAAAGAUUUACAAUUAUUUUUGUAUGUAGUGUUGCAUAUUUGAAAA